ACUGUGGCCUGCCUAAAGAAAGACAGGCAGCAAGGAAAAGCUUAUGUGAGGAAAAACGUUGUCAGAAUGUUUAAAGGUGUCCUGUCCCUUCAGGUCCUUCCGCUGGUCCUUUUCCUGGGCAGUGCACACUUGGGCUCUGGCAGUCUCUUCUUCCUGGUCGACCUUCUGAGUGACCAGCCUGAUGACUAUGAGUACUACGAUGAGUAUACGGAGCCAGAAGAGGAACCCCUCCAGAGAGAAUAUGCUGAGGAUCCCGACUGGUUUGAGGAAAUGUUUGGCUACGGUAGUGCUAGAAAAGAUCCAUGCUCCUCCAAUCCCUGCAAGAAUGAUGGCCAGUGUGAAAAGGAAGGAAGUCACUUCAGCUGCCACUGCCCCCAGCCAUACACGGGCCCCACGUGUGAGAAAGUGAAAGACACGUGUCAGGAGAAGAGGUGCGUCAGAGGAGACUGCCUCAUUACCUUAACCUCACCUUACUUCCAGUGCAGCUGCAGCCACCCCUACCAAUCGCCCGACUGCCGCCGAGCAUCUUCACCGUGCAGGCCAAACCCGUGCAAAAAUGGAGGUGUCUGUAUACGGCACAGAAUCAGAUCAAAAUUCAGCUGUGAGUGUCCUGAACCAUUUAGAGGAAGAACCUGUGAAAUUGGACCAGAUGAUUGCUAUGAAGAGGGAUCCCUCCACUACAGGGGAAAUGUGAACCAGUUAGUGGAUGGAAAGACUUGCCUGCACUGGAAUUCCCACAGUCUCUUGGACUACCCCAUUAAUGCAUUUAUGAAGGAUGCUGACUCUUAUGGCAUUGGUGACCAUAACUUCUGCAGGAAUCCUGAUGGUGAUGAAAAACCCUGGUGCUACAUCAAGAACAAUAACAAGGUGGAAUGGGACUUCUGUGACAUUUCACCCUGCUCAGAAACAGCUGAAGAGAUCCCAGAGGAAACAGAGAGCCUGACUGAGCCACCUGCAUCAAACGAAGAAUUCAAAACAUGUGGACAAGUAGAGAGUCAAAGACCUCUCAAGAGGAUCUAUGGUGGAGCCAAGACUAAAGCUGGCAAACACCCAUGGAUGGUAUCUCUACAGAAAAAGACUUCCAGGAGGGGCAGGCAUUUCUGUGGUGGAGUGCUAAUUAAACCAUGCUGGGUUCUUACUGCUGGACAUUGCAUUGAAUACUCAGCAGAACAUCUCCAAGUGGCCCUUGGAAAGCAAGACCUCAAGAAGAGAGAGCCUCAAGAGCAAAUAUUUGAUGUGGAGAAGACUAUUGUACAUUACAAAUACAAAGAAGCAGAUGGUGUCCAAUACAAUGAUAUUGCACUGCUGAAGCUGAAGCCAAUUGAUGGUCACUGUGCUGUGGAAACGAAGUAUGUGAAAACAGCCUGUUUGCCUAACUUUGACUUUCCUGAUGGGACUGACUGCUUCAUCUCAGGAUGGGGUGCCACAGAGACAGAUGAGGAAUCCCACCAGCUGUUGGACGCCAAUGUCAAGCUGAUUUCACAGAGGCACUGCAACGCACCGAGAGCAUACGGUCAGAUCCUGGAUGAAAGCAUGUUCUGUGCAGGAAAUCUUCAGAGGUCUGGAAUUGAUUCCUGUCAGGGAGAUUCCGGAGGCCCUCUAACCUGUGCAGAAAAUGGCUCCUACUAUGCGUACGGCCUUGUGAGCUGGGGCGAUCAGUGCGGUUUAAAAAGCAAGCCAGGAGUCUACACUCAGGUGACAAGAUUCCUCAGUUGGGUUAAAUCCAAAAUUCAGUUCGAGUCAAGGUCACUUCAUUAAGAGACUGAAUGUGGAGCAGCAGAUGAAUUUCUGAAGCAUCAGGGUUGACUGAAACUUGCUGACAUCCGUCUGUCUCCGACUGGUCCUGCAAGAUUAAACCCAACCAAAUUGUGUGGACAGCCAGUGGACAGGAGAAGGUUUUAAUUGUUUUAUUAUUGUGUAAAAAUAUUUAUAAAUUAAAGACUAACUGGCAAACUAGUGGGCAUAAUCUAAAGGGCUGCUCUGAACUCAACUAAUCAGGAAAACAUGCAAAUAACUGACCCACGCACCUAAGUGAAACACAAACAUCCAAGGAUGGAAUGUGCUCAAGUCCUAAUUUCUACAGCAAACCAGAACAACACCUGAUUUCCAUACGGAUAACGUACCUGCAGAUUUCCCCAGAACUACCAGAUCUUAGCCAAAUGUAGGGCUUAAGAUGAUAUUGUCUGCAGUCUCUACUAGUCAAAUACAGUAAUAAUUCAUUUCCUAAGUAACUUUUCAGACGGGGGAGUAAAUCAGGGAUAUGUCCUGUUUCUCUUGGGCUGGCUUAUUCUUUGGCUUGUUCCCAAAGUGAAAACUUAAAUGAAGCAAGUAUUUACAGUAUAGAUCUUCUCUUUUAUUGUAACUUUUAUGGUAACUUAAUGCUUCCUAAUAAUAGGGGCUACAAGGUCCCCAUAUGGACUUUUGCCUUCUUGUGCUGCGGCAUCUCAGACCAGGACCUACACCUGUGGAAGUGAGGAAGAAGGAAAACCUGGAAAAUCCCAUCUUGCAAUUUCUUGCAGCUUGGUAGGGAUGGGGGUGAAAGAGGCAGGAGAAGCACCCUUCACAAAAAGCCUGCCACAGUAAUUGACAUUAUGCUGGUAGGCAUCUGCACCGAGCUUGUCAGUACAGCUGUCAGUGGAGAUUACAUGGUAAUGUGAAUGUCUUACAGACAUAAGGAAAGAUAUAAGUUGUUGUAUAGGAAGUCCCUUCUACCUCCACUAUCUCUGUGGAGAUACCACGAUAUGAAGACAUCCAUGAGCUAAAAGGAAUACAUCCCAAAAUAUUAUUAACUCCUAUCUUGUGGCAUCAUCACCAUGGCAGUGCUUAACUCCCUAGAGAAGCUCCUUUAAUUAAGGUUUAGACACAGCCACAGAACUCAGUGAGGAAAGUAUAUAUAUUCAGUUUAAAUAAUGGAGAGAAUGCUUCAGGGAGCAUUCGAAAGCAUUAAAUGCUUCUGGUGAGCUGUGCAGUUGGGUUUUGUGAGAAUGAUUUACUCUACUUACAGCUCCAGGUUCACACUGAGCAGAAGCACCUUGCAUUUCCAUUCCCCGAGCGUACGCCAGCUCAGCAGCUCUUCUUGCCAUUUCAACUUUGUAAGAGCCUGGUGGAGUCCAGCCUAUGCCUUUGAUCCAGUUCAAGUCAGACCUGUAUUUGACCUGAAAGAAUGAAACAUAUACCAGGGUGUAUUAUUUAAUUUGGCUCUCAAACUACACACCCUGGAUCUUCAGGAGAGUGCAUCGGAUCAAUGAUAAACAAACUGCUCAUUUUCAAAAAAGAAACUUCAGUUCUUUCAAGAACACAACUUUGCUGCUAGGUGAAGUCUGCCAAACACAUUGCCACAGACACCUCCUAGCACUUGAAGAGACAGUUCUGCUCAGCUAUACUUACAUCACUCUGCAGCUUGUAGGCCUGCUUUGCAUGCUUCACAUUCAGCUGCUCAGGAUCACACGUGUAUUGGUGAAGAGGCUGCCUGUAGUUAACAUUGCUGGCAAGCUGCUGGCUUCUCUUAGCAUGGAGGAAUCCUGGCUGGUUAAGGUGACUCUUGAACUGCACUCUGUUUUGGGCAUACCCACUCCGGUACUGGUUUUCACUCUGGAGCUUUCCCACUUUGAGAACAUGUCUGAUUUUGGGAUCAUCAUUUGCACUGCGAAAUCCAAUUUGCUGGCCUUUAUCUCUCAGGAAAGCCUCUCUGUAUUUGUACUGCAGGAGAUACAGAGGAAAAUCUAAUUUUCAGAUUCAGAUUAUGUACAAAUUCCAUUAUGAAAUAACUUACCCUCCCCUAGCUAUCAAUGCUCCCUGCAGCGCAUAAAGGCAAAAGGUUUGUCUGAUACCAAGCUGUAUCUCUUGAUUUAGCAUGACACUUAAGGAGAAGGACCUCUGUGCUCACUGUUAAAGGACUAGAAAGAUUAGGAAUCCCCAAAUACUCAUCUCUUGAAAGCAGACAUAGUUCCUUUUAUUGUACUGUCUGGUGUACACAAUAUGCUGCUCAAGCUCUUGUCAACUCAAUGAAACUCUUCCAUCUUCAGCAUUCCUGCCAACUGCAAUCUCGUGUGUUCAAAGGUGAUCUACUCUAGUCUAGCUCAUGCUCUGACUAUUCAUUGCCUAGCUUAUUAUAAUAUACCUCUUCACAAAUAAUAGAAUUUUGAAAUGAAAUACAGCAAUUC